AUGAGCCGGUGGAAUCGCACACCGCAUGGGCGCUCUGCGGAGGUGGAGGACUCAAUCCAUUACCUGCGACGCUAUCUAGGGGACGCUGCGCCUGACACCCGGCAGCGUCCCGCAUCGUCCACAUCUCAAAUGGGCAGCGCCGUGGCUGCAGGGGUGCUGCCGGCCUCCGUGGUUCACGGCGAGUGGGGGACACGGCGCACGCGAGGAGCGGUCUCCCCCGGCAAGUCACAUGAUCAAACACCGACGUCGGCACGUGCGCCUCGUCACGGAAGCGGUGAUGGCGGCGGUCUCAGCCGUCAUCCAUCUUCCCCGCUGCGAGGAGAGGAGUUUCUGCACACCGAACAGCACCGCACACCGCGGGAGCAGACAGCACGGGAUGCAACCUUCUCCUUUCAUGAGCCACUGCGUCUGCAGUACAGCUCCACUGUCUCUGACCCCUCUGGGCGACCUCCGCUGCCGCACCAUCAGCAGCAACAGCGUCAGGAUGCGGCCGUGGCCAUGAAGGGCGCGUCCACUGGCGGGUGGGAAGGCGCUUCGCCACGCCGCAAUACCGCGACAACUGGUAAAGAGUGGCGGCGAGAGGCAGGCGGCACGGACCCAGGAUAUCAGCGGGACGCUGUGAGGCACUUGGGGCGAAUUAACGGCGACUUGCAAGACAGGUUGGUCCUUGACGCGGAUGCAUCGCAAUACGACCAUCACUACCCUCACCGCCGUAAUCACGGAACAUCCCACAGUGAGGGAUUGGUAGGGAACGACACAUACUACGGCGACGGUGUCGAGAAGAGUGGGGAAGGUGAGGAGAGAAGUCACACGCGUGGGGGCAAGGCACCCCCGACAAAUCGUGACACUAGCUCACUCAAGGGAGGCGGUGUAAGUCAGCAUCGUACUCUGGGGAGUGAUCUUUCCCCUGAUGAUAGGUUGAACGCGUCUGUCACAGCGUAUGUGGGCUCUGGAAUGCGUCAGUCCACGUUGAAUGGAUUACCGCCAUCAUCAGGGAAGUUGCCCGGUGAGAGGACACACCCGCAGGACGUGUUUCCGUACCCAAAACACGAGGACAACUUGCGGUCUAUGCUUUUUUACUUGAAAAAUAACUAUGCCCUCGAGCCACAGGAGUCUCUUCGCGGCAUCGAAACGAUGACGCCGGAGGACGUGCUGGAUCUUGUGCAGUGCUUCUAUGUUGAUGCCUACCGCGCCGUGCGACGUGCGAGGGAUGCGGCGGGUGUGGGUCGUGCCGGGUUUACAGAGCAGGAUCCUCCGGUGGAUUGCGUGGUGGGUGCACUCAGCGACAGUGAACUGCCAACAAGAACAAGAGAAGUAUCUGAGGAAGGGAUGGAGGCGACGGCACCUGUGCCGCUCCCACAGUCAUUGCCACCGUCCAGCAGCCAGAUCCAGCGCGCCACAUCCAGACAAACACCUCCACAGCAGGUAUGGCGGCCCCAUGCGGCAGUGGCCAGCGGUGGCGGGGUUGCCGCUGGAACGCCAUCCGGUCGUUCUCAUCCACCACUGCAGUCCCGUACACCGCUGGAGUACCUGACGUCUGAGGGCGCCAACGCCAGUGCCCUGAGUGGGGGUACUCUGCUUUCUAUGGAGCCCCCGCACGAACCCGGCAGCGGCAUCAUUAAGCGGCCACUGAAGGAGCUUAUGCCACUUCUACGCCGUGGUUCGACACUCUGCAAACACGUGGAAGAUGGGCGCCCGCACAUGCGUUUCUUUCGUGUGGAGGAUUAUCUUGGGGAGUAUCGCGGGAAGGAGGUGCUUACGCCGCACUUGGUGUGGUACUCCACCGCGAAGGAUAAAAAACCCGUCACGGUGUUAAACCUGCUUAGUCUCCUCGGUGUGCAUAUCCUUCUUGCAGAUACCAGCGGCCAGUUUCUCAAACUGUUUCGGCGCAAAAAAGGGAUCGUUGUCGACCACAGUCAGCGUCCUGUCGCGCGAGGCAUGUGCGUUGUCUUUCAGUUUGAAAGCCGCGAUGUGGCCGUGUCAUUCCUAACGGAGGAGGAUCGGCAGGUUUGGGUGGGCGGCAUGAUGGGCGUGGUGGAGAAGAACAGGCUGCUGGCUCCCCGCCUUUACUAG